AUCUUAAACACAGAGCCAAAUGUUUUGUGUUAAUCUUGAAUUUAUUGUAUUUUGUUUGCAUGACGCUGGCUUCUUUCUCAGCAAAUGUUUGCCUGAUGCCACUCAAGACCCUGCCCUUGGAGAGCUUGCAAUCUAGAAGGGGAGAUGAUACCUGCAGAGGUCUGGAGUGUGAGGCUUGCCCCACCACCUCAGAAGGCACGCAUUCCGUUUGCUCUGAGCCUGACCCAGUGUGCUGGCAGAAGUCUCUUUAGCUGGGAACUGCAGCUGUGGAAGAUUCCAGUGCAUUGCCCCUCCUAGGCACUCUUCAUCGUGGAUUGACAAGUUGAGAGCAGCAUGUUUUGCCCACUGAAACUCAUCCUGAUUCCAGUGUUACUGGGCCUGAAUGACUUGACUGCUUCCCCCUCUGAGCUAACAGUCCACGUGGGUGAUCCGGCUCUGAUGGGAUGUGUUUUGCAGAGCACAGAAGAGAAACAAGUGACCAAGGUAGACUGGAUGCUCUCGUCGGGAGAGCCUGCCCAGGAUGAAUAUGUGCUCUACUAUUAUGCGGACCUUAACGUAUCUGUGGGGCGCUUCCAGAACCGGGCGUGGUUGGUGGGGGACAUCUCGCGCCAUGAUGGUUCUCUCCUGCUCCAAGAUGUGCAAGAGGCUGACCAGGGAAACUACACCUGUGAAAUGCGCCUCAAAAGGGAGAGCUUGGUGUUCAAGAAAAUAGUGGUGCUGCAUGUGCUACCAGAGGAGCCCAAAGAGUUCACGGUCCAUGUGGGUGAUUCGACUCGGAUGGGAUGUGUUUUCCAGAGCACAGACAAGAAACAAGUGACCAAGGUAGACUGGAUAUUCUCGUCGGGAGAGCCUGCUAAGGAGGAGGCAGUGUUACGCUAUCACCACAAACUCAAGAUACCUGUGGGGUCCCCCCAGAACUGGGGCAACUUCCAGAACCAAGGCCGCUUCCAGAACCGUGUAAACCUGCUGGGGGACAUUUCCCAAAAUGACGGUUCCAUCGUGCUUCAAGGAGUGAAGGAGUCUGACAGAGGAACCUACACCUGCACCAUCCACCUGGGGAACCUGGUGUUCAGGAAAACUGUUGUGCUGCAUGUGAUUCAGGAAGAAUCUCAAACAUUGGUGACCCCAGCAGCCCUUGGGCCUGUGGUCCUGGGUGGUAAUCACGUGGUGAUCAUCGUGGGGAUCGUCUGCGGCACCAUCCUGCUGCUCCCUGUUUUGAUACUGAUCGUGAAGAAGACCCAUGGGAAUAAGAGGUCAGUAUAUUCCACAACCUCGUUGAAUAGCCUGGAGAACACAAAGAAGGCUAAUCCAGAGAAACACAUUUAUACCUCGAUAACUACACGGGAGGUGAUCGAGGAAGAAGACCCAAGUGGAAAAUCAGAGGCCACCUACAUGACCAUGCACCCGGUUUGGCCUUCUCAGAGAUCAGAUCCGAAAAACCCACCUGAUAAUAAGUCAGCCGGGGGAAUGCCAAAGACAGAGCAAGCAUUUUGAAAAGAAAGGAGAGUUCCCUUCACCGUAGGAGUAACAGAGACUCUCUCCUCUGUGUGUCCCGAGCUGCUCUGCCUGUUAUUCUAGACUGUGCCCUGCCAGCUGUCCUCCUGCCUCCUUGCUUGGGCAGAGGGCUGAAGAUGGAGAGUUCAGAGCCUGCAGGAAGAUGGGGUGGCUCUGGAGGAACAGGCCUUGAUGAGGGGAGGGUAACACAGAUGUGACCCCUCUGGAAUGGGACACUAGCCCUGGGGGACCUGGCUGAGCUGCUGCAGUGGCCUCAAGUGCUCCAUCGGAUCAGACCCUUUGUGCAGGUGGUGUUCGUUGUGGAUGCAUUACUGGGAAGAAUCACAGAUGUAGAAACCAAUCCAAAUAAUUGCUUCGGUACAUCAUCUCUAAAUAAAUGUGGUUUGUGGAAA